GCUGCUUAUUGUCAUAUCUGCAAAUAUACUGAUUUCACAAUGGUUAAAGGUACCAUUCGUAGCAUUAAUCCAUUGGCCUACUACGUCAACAAUGUGUCUGAUCUAGAUAAAGAAUUAGUUACUGCCUACAAGAAGCAGGACAAAGACAGCCUUCAAAGACUCCUCUCAAAAUCCAAAUAUGUCUAUGAUGUUUUUUUAUGUGUCAACAAGCACUGGCAUGCCUUUAUUCUGUGUGUAAUUGUUGGAGGGAAUGAACCUAAGAACCCAUUCCUGGAUGAACUGAUGCCAGAUGCAGACAGUAAACCAUUUGACGUACCCGAUGUAAAUUUGUGUUACAGAAUCGAGUUGGUGUUUGAUGAAGUUCAAUUAAAGACGUACAAAAUCGAGAAGAAAAGUCUUGCGUUUAAAAAUGUCAAGCACAGCAUACAUAAAAGCUAUUACGUUGGCAAAUACAAAGGUACGAGUCCAUAUGGUUUGGAACUGGCAAUACUAAGGGCAGCCCCACACCGAUACCAGGUGCUUCUGGAUGACUGUGUGGAAUUUGCAAAGGAAUUUUGCAUUCAAUUGUUGGCAUAUUGUGAAAAUUGGCGCGAAAUUGAAGAAGAUGUGGAAAACAGGAUAAAAAAUGCUACGGGAUCGGGAUUCAGUGUCGAGAUGUUGUCAAGAAGAGUGCAAAGUUCCGCAAUUCUUGGAAGCACAUUCUUGGGAGGAAUGGAUGUAAGCAGCUUCUUGUCCGGAACACACAGUACAGCAGUUGUGUUAGCAGUGGUUGUUUUUCUCCUGACUUAUCCCGUUCUGGUUACUCUACUGGUGGUAAUAAUUCUAAAAUACUACAGCAUUUUGUAAUGUUUACUCAGCAAGAUAUUCUAUCGCAAAAUCAAAUGUAUGCCAUUCCAGCUAUCUAGAGGUGCCAAAAUCAUAAAUUUGCUUACCUCAACCCAAACCAUGCUGGGAGUAAGGCAGUAUAGAACCUACAUUUGUAAAAGCCCCUCCCUGUCCCACCCCACUCCUUUUCAAACUGUUGGAUCCACCUCUGCAGACCUCCCGGAAUUUACUUAUUUUAACUUGGGGCCCAUGAACAGGGGUGGCGCCAGUGAGGGGGUAUUUUCUACAUAAUUAUAGACUUUAAACCGAUUAAAUAAGCCUUUGAAACCCCUAAAUUGUCAAAAUUUUCUGUGGCUUCGCUACCUGCACCACUUUCAAAACCUUUUAAUCAAAGCUUGACCACGCCCACUUUGCUUUUGUCGGGGCAAUUUUACCCCCUGCUGGCGACAUCGCCCACCCCUUCCUUGUCAAGCAAAUGCUGACGCCACCCCUGCCCCCGAAAAUGGCAUAAUAAAAAAUGAAUGUUUUGAAACACACAAAAUGACCUAGAAAUUCCCAUUGCUAACGGUAAUAAUUGACAAGAUGGACAUGAUGAAAUAAAGAGCAAAAAUUACGCAACAUUUACAAAGGAGCUCAAAACAAUAUUUUUUCAUUCUAUAAUUUCUAAUCCACACAGCCUUUCAGUAUCAGUCAAUUAUGAAAAUCUGAGGUUUAUAGAGUGACACAAACAAUGUGAAAAAAUUCUUAAACUAAUACAGGUUUAAUUUAGACUACUGUAAAGGAAAGAUAUUAAAUGUGGACAUUCAUUAAAUUUUAGCAUGCAUUUUUUACAUAUUCUUCUUUCUAUCAGUAUGCCUAUCUGACCUGCUUUAACAUUAUAAACAGAAUUAUUAUUGGCUCAUGUUCUUUAUUUAAAAGGUAAUUUGACUAUAAAUACAUUUGUUUUUAUUUAAACAUCAACCAGGAAUACAAAUUUUUAAUUACUAAUACUUAUACUUAUAAAGAAUUAGUAAUAUUGUAAUAUUAAUUUAAGUCAUAACAUAUUAGUAAUAGUGUAAUAUUAAUUUAAAUUACUGUAGUUACUACAUUUAUUUGAUUUUAAACGUCAAUCUGUAUUAGUAAUUAUACUAAUUUAAUUGACAAUACUUAUUAUUAAUUGUCGGCAAAGCCGAUAUUAUCAAGUGCAUAUUAUAGUCAAUUCACUGUUCUUUGUUUCAUAAUUAAGCCUAUCAAUAAGGACCGAAGUGAAAGUCCACUCUUUAGAUACACAUAUCUGUGGUUAUAUAACAACUUUACUUCAGACCAAUGACAACAUCUUAAUUAGGAUAAAACCACAUCCUCUACCAAACAGAGAUUUAUAAUGCUGUUUGUUAUUUGUUGAAUGUAUACCACACCCAUUUCAUCUUUUACAUACUGUGUAUAGUAUAUUGAAUAAAUUAGUCACUUGUUAGAUACCAUA